AUGGCAUCAUUAGUUGGUUCUACAGCUGUUUUAAAAGGAGUGGCUCCAAAGAAUUACCCCUUGUAUGUACCGGACAAAGAUGGAAAUUUUCAUUGUCUCAAUGAUUCCACCAUAGUGAUCUCGUUUGACAGAGUCAACGACGAUUAUUGCGACUGCCCUGAUGGUUCGGAUGAGCCGGGAACGUCUGCAUGCAGUAAUGGGAAGUUUUAUUGUGCCAAUGAGGGAUUUAAGCCCCAUUAUAUACCUUCUUCAUGGGUUAAUGAUGGGGUAUGUGACUAUCAGUCAUGCUGCGAUGGCUCAGACGAGACUGAAGGAGUGUGUGCGAACAGGUGUAAAGAAUUACAAGAAGAAUUUGAGCUUAGAGAUCGUGAAAUGGAGGAAACGGUGGUCAGAGGACUCGAAUUGAGACAGAAAAUAGCUGAAAAAUCCAGGCAACAACGCUUAACGUUGCAGAACGAGGUGAAAGUGAUGGACAAACAGAUAGAACAGCUGGAAUGCAGUUUGAAACAGUUGAAAGCAGACAAGGAACUGGCGGGUUCGGAGGGAGAGAAGCAGGUGGAAUUGACGUUCCAAAAAUACGGAGAGAUGCUAAAUGAGGCGUCCAGUAAAGCUGAAGCACAGUUCAUGGCUUUGGAUGAACACCGCAAGCGCAUUGAGGCUUUGGAAGCCAUUUUGGGAAAGAUGAACGAUGAUUAUAAUCAUAAUUUCAAUGAUCCUGCAGUCAAGUUGGCAGCUCAGUCAUAUCAAGAGUACGUUGCGAGCCGCGCAGAUAUGAAAGACGAGGACAAAAACGACGAAAUGAAAGCUAUUUUUGGCGAUUUAGAAGGAUUAUUUGUGACGGCGAAGGCACAAAUUGCUGAAAAAUUGUCAAUGAGUGGCGACGAGAGCCCAAAGAAGUCAUGGCCUAGUGCUAAGGAUCUUGUAGAUGCAUUCCUUGGAGUCAGAAGAAACGACGAGAUCCAAAACGAUGUUGGAAGGUCAUUGAUUGAGAUUGAAACGGCUAUUGAAGAUACAGAAAAGAGAAUGAAAGAUGCGCAGAGGCAAGUAAAUGAGAAAAAGGCCGAUUUAGAAAAGAGCUAUGGACCAGAAGAUUUGUUGAGGUCUAAAACGGACUGCACUACCAAUAAGAUUGCAGGAUACAACUACAAAGGGGAGAAAGAUGCUGGAACGGGCCAAUAA